GUUGAAUAAUCCUCUCCAGCUCCCAGUGCACAGUCAAGGAAUUUUAAAAACAGAGGACUUUGUAACCACGAAGUACUCUCCAAGAUUUAAAAGGCUACGGAGCUCCAGAAAAAUAAUCAUUUAUCUUUCUCCUAACGAAGUUCCUCCCAUUACAAGUUUACACCGACAGCAAGCCACCCGACUCCAUCACACAGGGUCUCCAGGUAAAGGAAGGGUGGAAAUGUGCUUCUGGACAAAGCUUCCAAUAUUGGGGGUGCCCGUGUUCCUUUUCCUCGGCCUUGUUCCCUCUACUGAGACGGAAAGACCUUCCACGCAGGACAGCGGUGGCCCCUGGAGCCCCGACCACCUGACGGAAGUACUACGAGCUCUGUCUGCUGAUGACCCUCCACCCCUGAACCAUUCGAGAAGCCUCGUCAAAACCUUGCUGGAGAAAACUGGCUGCCCGCGGAGGAGAAAUGGAACGCAAGGAGCUUGCAGUCUGUGCUUUGAACCAGAUGCCCUGUUACUAAUAGCUGGGGGAGAUUUUGAGGAGCAGCUCCAAGAGGAAGUGGUCCAGAGAGUUUCCCUUCUCCUCCUCUAUUACAUUAUUCAUCAGGAAGAGAUCUGUUCUUCCAAGCUCAACAUGAGUAAUCGAGAGUAUAAAUUUUACCUACACAGCCUCCUCAGCCUCAGGCAGGACGAAGACUCCUAUUUCCUUUCACAGAACGAGACAGAAGAUAUCUUGGCAUUCACCAGGCAGUACUUUGACACUUCUCAAAGCCAGUGUAUGGAAAUCAAAAUGCUGCAGGAAAAAUCUGGAAUAUUGAGCAGUGAUGGUGCUGAUGAAAAUACACUUCCUCAGUUAGCAGCAACAAUCAUCGCUCUGUCCCUCCAAGGUGUUUGUCUGGGGCAAAGAAACUUGCCUUCCCCAGACUAUUUUACAGAAUAUAUUUUCAGUUUUUUGAAUAGUACAAACACUCUCCACGUCUCAGAACUAGACCAGCUCCUCAACAUUCUCUGGACCAAAAGUACCUGUAUCAGAAAAGGUAAAAUCCAUCAACUUCAAAGGACACAAACCAACCUAACAAUCUAUGAUUGGGGUCACCCUAAUCUAUCUGUAUCCAUGGGCCAAGAGUCAAAUGAUGGUUCAGCUUCCUGGGAUGAGUUUUGCUUCUCUGCAGGGCAGCUGGCAGAGAUAUUUGUACAGAGCAGCCUUUCACCCAUUUCCAAGGAAGUCUUCCAACGAAUGAGUCCGGGAAUCAUCCAGCAGUUACUCAGCUGCUCUUGCCAGCUGCCUGAGGACCAAGCAGCAAAGUUGCCACCGACCACUCUGGAGAAAUAUGGCUACAGCACAGCGGCCGUGGCCUUGCUCACGCUGGGUUCCAUGCUCGGGACGACGCUGAUUCUGUUCCACAGCUGUGAGGAGAACUACAGGCUGAUUUUACAGCUGUUUGUGGGUCUGGCUGUCGGGACACUUUCUGGGGAUGCUCUGCUCCAUCUUAUCCCUCAGGUUCUUGGUUUACAUAAGCAGGAAGGCUCAGAGUUUGGACAUUUCCAUGAAAGCAAAGGCCAUCUUUGGAAACUGUUAGGAUUAAUUGGAGGCAUCUAUGGAUUUUUCUUGAUAGAAAAAUGUUUCAUUCUUCUGAUAUCACCAAAUACCAAGAAAGGCCCAGAAGAUUCACAGGCAGCUGAAAUUCCUGUAGGCAGUCUGACGGCCUCCAACAGAAAAUGCAAAACCAUUAGCCUGUUAGCAAUAAUGAUACUGUUUGGGGACAGCCUGCAUAAUUUCGCGGAUGGCCUGGUGAUAGGAGCGGCCUUCUCAUCUUCAUCUGAGUCAGGAGCGACCACCACGCUUGCCAUCUUAUGUCACGAAAUUCCACAUGAAAUGGGAGACUUUGCCGUGCUCUUAAGCUCUGGCCUUCCUAUUAAGAUUGCCAUCCUUAUGAAUUUUGUAAGUGCUCUCACUGCCUUCAUAGGACUCUACGUUGGCCUCUCAGUAUCAGCUGAUCCGUGUGUUCAAAACUGGAUCUUAACAGUUACUGCGGGAAUGUUCUUAUAUUUAUCCUUGGUGGAAAUGCUUCCUGAAAUGACUCAUGUUCAAACACGGCGACCCUGGUUGAUGUUUCUCCUGCAGAACUUUGGGCUGACCCUAGGUUGGCUCUCUCUCUUACUGUUGGCUAUAUAUGAACAAAAUAUUAAAAUAUAAGCUGAGAGUCUCAAAAUCCUUCAAAAAUGAAUUUAUACAGCUUCAUUUUGUUUCUUUCCUGGUACUCCAGAGUGGCUUGUAAAUUAAGCAUUUUUAUCUUCCAGAAAGGCUAUGUGUCUUUUAGUUCAUUAACUUAUUAAUUUUAUGAUGCACUUUUGUUUUGGGAUAUAAAUGUCAGGUUGUCCUCAACUGAAAUUUUGGUGUCAGUGCCCAGAACCAUGAUGGAACGCCU